AUUGCGCCUGCUAUAGUAUCCUGCAAACGAGAAGAAGAUCGUAGAGCAGAAACCUGAACCUCAUUUGGGAUGUGCAUACUCAACUUCCAGGACUCUGUCGGCGGCCUGGAGAUUGAUUCACUACACAGAAAUGGCUUGAAGCUUGCGCUACUCUAUUGGAAUCCUCUUCAUCAAUAUCGCCAAUCUCCUGCAGCAAUCGACAAUCGAUCGACGCCCAAGUACGAUGCAUGAAAUCCUACUCGGGCUCUGAAGCCACGAUCGAUACCACGGUCAAGAAAAAGUACAAGUCCAAGAGAUAUCAGUCCGUCUGUACGGGGGAGUGCCGAACUUACAAUACGAGAAAGAGGCCACACAAGCUCUUGCCAGCAGCUGCUGCUUGAAUGCAAAGGACAAAGGAUCUGCAGUCAAGACGCAAUUUCAGGUGCCCCCACACUCUGCAUCGACCGUGUAAAUUUAGAUGUUCCAUCUCAUCCAACCUCUUUCAUCAUCCGGCGCAGCAGGAUCGACGUUUCAAGUCAAGCCAUCAGCCACGCGGAGCACAC